UCUUGGCUACCUACCCACACACAUGUCUCCUUUGCCACAGAAGGUGACAGCUUGGGGAAGCAGGAGCGGGCGUGGGAGAUGCAGGGAGCGGGCCAGGAAGAGUCCCAGGAACAGAAGAGAGGCCCUGAGACUGAGGGGGAGGCCUCAGGUUUCCUCGCUACCAGCAGCGUCUCCCCUGCUCCCAACCGCAUCUCUAACAAGGACUUGUCGGAGCUGAUCGAGCAGCUGCAGAAAAAUGCCGACCAGGUGGAGAAGAACAUCGUGGACACGGAGGCCAAGAUGCAGAGCGACCUGGCCCGGCUGCAGGAGGGCCGACAGCCCGAGCACCGGGACGUGACCCUGCAGAAGGUGUCAGACUCAGAGAAGCUGCUGUAUGUGCUAGAGGCAGAUGCGGCCAUUGCCAAGCACAUGAAGCAUCCCCAAGGAGACAUGAUUGCCGAGGACAUCCGUCAGCUGAAGGAGCGCGUGACCAGCCUCCGUGGGAAACACAAGCAGAUCUACAACUUGGUGGUGAAGGAGGUAGACCCGCAGGUCAACUGGGCAGCGCUGGUGGAUGAAAAGCUGGACAAACUGAGAGGCCAGAGCUUCGGGACGGACCUGCCGCUGGUGGACCACCAGGUCGAGCAGCACAAUAUCUUCCACAAUGAGGUCAAGGCCAUCGGGCCCCACCUGGCUAAGGAUGGGGGCAAGGAGCCGGACAGCGAACUCCAGGCCAAGUACCAGAAACUGCUGGCAGCAUCCCAGGCUCGGCAGCAGCACCUGAGCACGCUGCAGGAUUACAUGCAGCGCUGCACCAACGAGCUGUACUGGCUGGACCAGCAGGCCAAGGGCCGCAUGCAGUACGACUGGAGUGACCGCAACCUCGACUACCCGAGCCGCCGGCGCCAGUACGAGAAUUUCAUCAACCGGAACCUGGAGGCCAAAGAGGAGAGAAUUAACAAGCUGCACAGCGAGGGUGACCAGCUGCUAGCCGCUGAGCACCCCGGGAGGAACUCCAUUGAGCUGUAG